AUGCAAAGUCGAGCGCAAAAGAUAGAUACCGGUGUUCCUAUAACAAUUAAGUUAAUAGAAUCUCGUAUGCAAGCAUAUUUUAGUAGGUUGCAAUCUAUUUAUGACGCUUCUAAUAAUAUAAGUACUUCUCAGCUACAAGAUACAUUUUUACGUUCUGCAUAUAAUAUCGAUCAGUUAAGGACAGACUAUCUUAAGUCAAUAGAAGAAUUAAAUUUGCUUAAAAUGCAGAAUGAUCCUGAAUUUUCUCCAGAUCAUAAUAUGUUCCUCGCGUUCGAGGAAAUUUAUUGUAUCAUAAAGUCUAUAGUUCAGCAGCUAAAAAGCCAUACUACACCGCCAUCUACAGAGAAGUCUAGAUUAAAUUUACCUCCUAUUAAUUUAAAAACGUUUGAUGGAGAAUUAAAAAAUUGGCCAUCAUUUUUUGAAUGUUUUAAUAACGCAGUACAUAAUAACACAAAUUUAAGUAAAUCCGAUAAGGUAUUUUAUCUGUCGGGUAUUCUUUCAAAGUCCGCGUUAACCGCUAUUUCUGGUAUACCGCCUACCGCAGAUAAUUACGAUUUAAUAUAUUCUACGCUGGUUGACAAAUACCAGGACAUCCGCACGCUUGCAAGUACAUAUUUACAACAAAUUAUAAGUUUAAAGCCGUUGACCACAGCCUCCGCUGAUGGUUUAAAUGUUUUCUUAGAUAAAUUUGCAGCAUCUGUAUGUGCAUUCGACAGAUUAAAUAUUUCAAACAAAAAAGAUUUUAUUUUUCUAUUUUUAGCAUUACAAAAGUUAGAUAAAGAAACUAUUCGUAACUUUGAACUUUAUGUUAGAAGUGAAAAAUUACCCACUUAUGAAUCUUUAGUUAAGUUUAUAAAGGAACAAGUAAAAAUUAUAGAACGUUCUUCGUCGAAUACUUUUAAUACUCCAUCCACUAGUAAAAACUCAUAUAGUAAAGGUUCUUCGUACUUCGCACCUAAACCGGUUAAUAAUGUUAAGCACACUAAAUCCUUUAUUACUUCCGAAUCAAAUAAUAAUUGUUGUCCAUUAUGCUUAAAAAUAGGUCACGAACAAUUUUAUCGCUGCCCUAAAUUUCUUAAAUUAACACCUAAAGAACGCUAUAAUAUUGUUAAAGAAAACAAUAGUUGCUGCAACUGCUUAAGUUUUAAUCAUAAAACAUUUUUAUGUAAAUCAAAUAAAUCUUGUAGUAUCUGUGAAUCUAAAACGCAUCACACUCUUUUACAUUUUCAUAAAAAUCUAACAUCGAGUCCCGCCUCAGGAAUCGAACCCCGACUCACCGCGGAACAAAACCCCGCUACGCACGCACCGCACACCGCUGAGUCAUCGGGCGCGACAAAUUACUCGCCUGCCAUAGCUAGCUCGUACGACGCGUCUCAUACAAUGCAACCGCUAUCAAUGUGUUCGAAUACGUUGUUGAGUUUACGCGACGCGCACACCGUGUUACUUGCUACGGCGCGCAUUGUCCUGCGCACCAGUGACGGUUACGAAUAUAUCGCUCGCGCUCUGAUUGAUAACGGAUCUAUGAAUGACUUUGUUACUAUUAAUCUUUGUAAGAAAUUAUCAUUAAAAAUUAAUUCACUUCCUGAGAAAGUUACUGUAAACGGAUUUGGUGGUUCUUCUAAGGAGGUUAAGGGACAAACAAAUAUUAAAUUUUACUCGCGUUUUGAUCGCAAUAUUUCUUUUAAUUUACAACCACUUGUUGUGGAAAAUAUUACGGACCGCAUUCCUACGUUACCUAUUGAUAGGUCGAUGUUAGCAUAUCUUUCCCGCACGCCACUUGCUGAUGAUACAUUCUCUGAUCCCGGUGAGGUCGAGAUGUUGAUUGGCGCUAAGUUAUUUACCCGCUUACUGCUGCCUGGCCGCGUCCAUGGACCUCCAGGUACCCCUACGGGGAUUCAAACUCCACUUGGAUUUAUUUUAAUGGGCGAUGCUCCUGUUAAGUGUCGCUCCCACCGCACCGCCGCUCCGCCCUCUCAUACGUUGUGUGCAUUUACCGGCCAGCCGUUAGAUGUACUGAUGAGAAGUUUUUGGGAAACUGAAGAAGUUUCCACUCCUCGCUCCGCCUUGCUUAGUCAUGAGGAGAAAGUAUGUGAAGAUCUAUACAAGUCUUCAACUACCCGCGAAGCAACAGGUACUUAUGUUGUUUCUCUGCCAUUUAAAACUAACCCCUCAGCUUUAGGUGACUCAAUGCAGAGUUCUAAAAGUAGAUUUUUUGCUUUGGAGAAGCGUUUUUUGCGCGAUCCAAAUUACCGCUCCGCUUACAAUAAUAUUAUUACUGAUUAUUGUGAUAAGGAUUACAUUUCUCCGAUAUCCGCAGACAGUAAGCUUCCUUCAUUAACUUACGUCAUUCCGCAUCACGGUGUAAUACGUGAAGAUAAAAUUACUACAAAAGUCCGCAUGGUCUUGGACGCUAGUGCACGUACUGAUACAGGGGUGUCACUAAAUGAUAUUUUAUUUUCCGGACCAAAUUUGCAAGCAGACUUGUUUAUAAUUUUGCUUAAUUUCCGCUUACUUCCAAUCGCACUGUGCGCUGAUGUCGAGCAAAUGUAUUUGCGUAUAAAGGUACAUCCACAGUUUUAUAAAUUUCAACAAAUACUUUAUCGCUUCAACACUUCUGAUCCUAUUCAGUUGUUUGAAUUUAAACGUGUUUGCUUCGGACUGACUUCCAGUCCAUUCCUAGCACUCCGCACGCUGCGACAACUCGCAGACGACGAGAAAAAUAAUUUUCCACUCGCCUCUGAAGUGAUUAAUGGUGGUUUUUUCUUCAUGGAUGACAUUUGUUGUUCCAUAAAUGAUGUGCACUCGGCGCAGAAGGUAGCCUCGCAACUUAUUGAUAUGUUCGCUGCUGGAGGUUUCAAACUCCAUAAGUGGUUAAGUAACUCGCCCGAAGUGCUCUCUUCUCUUCCGCAAAACCAUUUGCAUCCACAAUCACUCAAUUUUGCUUCAACCGCAACACAAAAGGUUUUAGGUGUAACAUGGGAGCCUCAUGAAGAUAAUUUUAAUUUUUUCAUUCGCCCCGCUGAGGUACCAUGUACUAAGCGAAAUAUGCUGUCUGUUAUAGCCCGUUUAUGGGAUAUAAUGGGUUUCGCUGCUCCUUUAAUUAUGUUCGCUAAGCUCCUAAUUAAAGAGCUUUGGUUAAUAAAGCUGGAUUGGGACGACGAGCCUCCAUCGCAUAUCCAAACCCAAUGGUCAAGGUUCCAAAGUGAACUUCCACUUUUAUCAAACUUAUCCCUCCCGCGUCACAUUGGCGUGACUCAUGGUUGCAACGCUGCACUCUUAGGGUUCUCAGAUGCUUCUGAGAUGGGUUAUGGAGCUGCACUUUAUGUUCGCGUACAAUCUGAAGACGGAGUUUCUGUACGCCUAUUGUGCGCAAAGUCAAAGGUUGCACCUGUUCAAACGAUAAGUCUGGCUAGGUUAGAACUUAUGGGAGUACAUUUAAUGUCUAAAUUGAUUCACGUCGUUCUUAAAGCCUAUGACAAUCGCUUUAUAUUUAAUAAUUUUUUUGCCUUUUGUGACUCAACUAUUGUUCUUAACUGGAUUAAUUCCAGUCCGCACCGCUUAAAAACCUUUGUAGCUAACCGCGUUACUAAAAUUCAAGAAUGUUUAGAUGUUCAAAACAUUUAUCACAUUUCGGGAAAGGAAAAUCCCAGUGAUUGUUUGUCGCGUGGUUUAACUCCAGCACAACUUAUUUCGCAUACUCUAUGGUUUAACGCACCGCCUUGGGUCCACCAAGACAUUUCUCAGUGGCCUAUUAAGCCCUUUAUAUGUGUUGAAUCCGCCCAGGAGUUACCUGAAUAUAAGGCAGUCGUUCUGUCAAAUGUUUUACCGCCUUCCAAUAAAGAAAACUCUACAUUAACUACGUUGACUGAACGGAUUUCUAGUUGGUCAAAAUUACUUCGUGUGUUUACUUAUGUAUUGCGAUUUUCGAAACGCUUAAAAACGCGAGGUAGUAUUACCGCGGAAGAUUUAAAUAAAUUGGAAAACUUUAUAGUUCGCUCCGUUCAGGCCGCUCAUUUUUCGGAUUUAUUAAAACUAUUACAAGCUGGCAAGCAACCACCUCUCUCGAUGCGUAAACUGAGACCGUUUUUGUUCGAGGAUGUUAUACGAGUCGGCGGUCGAUUAGAGAAUAGCGAUUUAACCUUUGAUCACAAACAUCCUAUUCUUUUGCCUUCUAAACAUAAAAUAACCGAUCUUAUCAUCGAUUAUGUUCACCGCACCGCUUGUCAUGCUGGACCACAACAUGUGAUUUCUUUGCUUCGGCAAAGGUAUUGGAUAUUAUCCGCUCGUCGCACUGUACGUGCGAAAAUUCACUCUUGCAUCGCAUGUUUCAGAGCACGCCCUAAGCCUGCUCAGCCGCCGGUUAUGGCUAACUUACCCACCUGCCGCUUAAAAAUAUCCAAAGCUUUUGCGCACACCGGUGUUGAUUACGGUGGACCGCUUAUGAUCACUUUGACUAGGAGACGUGGUAUAAAAAGCCAAAAGGCUUAUUUAUGCGCUUUCGUGUGCCUGACUACUCGUGCAGUGCAUAUCGAGGUUGCCACCGAUUUAAGUACCGACGCUUUUUUGAAUGCUUUCAAAAGGUUUAUUUCUCGUCGCGGUCCUGUCGAAAGGAUUUAUUCGGAUCAUGGUACAAAUUUCGUUGGUGCAAAAUCAUAUGUAACAGAAAUUCAGCAUUUUUUAAAGUCUAACGCUUUCAGUGAAGAUUUUAAAACAGAAUUAGCUAAAAAUCGCAUUUCUUGGGAAAUGAUUCCACCUAACGCUCCCCACUUCGGUGGUGGAUGGGAAGCGACCAUUAAAUCUUUUAAAACGCAUCUUUUUCGAGUGAUUGGUUCGCAGAUCCUUACUUACGAAGAGCUCUUAACCGUACUCUGCCAGAUCGAGGCAAUUCUUAAUUCAAGGCCGUUAGGAAUACUCAGUGAAGAUCCUGCGGAACCUUUACCUCUUACCCCUGCACAUUUUUUAAACACGACGCCUUUGGCUUAUCUUCCAUCACCUAACGUGGAAACGGAUAAACCAAAUUUACUAUCGCGCUUUAUGCUGCUUGACGGACUGGUCCGUUCCUAUUGGCGAAGGUGGAGUGAUGAAUAUUUACACACGCUCCAGAUUCGGCAAAAAUGGAAUACGGAUGUACCGAAGGUGUAUAAGGGAAUGAUAGUGCUGAUUAUGCGAGAUAAUAGCCCUCCAUUGCAUUGGCCAUUAGGUAUUAUAAGUGAGACGAUUGAAGGUAAAGACGGUCACGUUAGGAUAGCUUUAGUUAAAACUAAAACUGGUACAUUGAAGCGUCCUAUUGUUCGCCUCUGUCCUUUACCCAAUAUUUACUAA